AUGUCCAUAGUUCAUCUACCUAAUGUGCGAAUGUAUUGGUCAGAGAAAUAUGGCUAUGAUCACAUACGUGAGACGAUGCCGCUUAAACGGUUCGAGUUUAUGAGGCAAGUACUGCACUUCAAUGAUAAUUCUAAAAUGCUACCAUAUGGUCAGCCAAACUCUGAUAGACUAUAUAAAAUCAGACCCAUAAUAGAAAAACUGAACCGUAACUUUGGAAAAGUGCCACUAGAACAACAUUUGUCUGUUGAUGAACAAAUGUGUUCAACCAAAGCACGGAGUGCUCUAAAGCAAUAUUUGCCAGACAAACCCCACAAAUGGGGCUUCAAACUGUUCGUUAUUUGUGGUGUAAGUGGAUACGGCUACAAGUUUGAAGUUUACAGUGGCCAGGAGAAUAUAUGCGCAGAUGGCGAGCCUCAAUUAGGUGCCGCAUCCAAUGUAGUGGUCCGACUUGCCAGAGAGAUUCCUGUCAACCAAAACUAUAGACUGUUUUUUGACAACUACUAUACAUCCCUACCUUUGAUAGAGUUCUUAUCACACCGUGGUAUAUUAGCUUUGGGCACCGUUAGGAGAAACCGCAUCCCUAACUGUAAACUCCCAGAUGAAAAACAGCUGAAAAAAAGACCGAGAGGCACGUCAGUCGAACAGGUUGCAAGCUAUAACGGUAUCGACAUAUCAGUGGUGGCCUGGAGAGAUAAUAAAAUUGUGAACCUAGUAUCCAACUUUGCUGGCAAAAAUCCCACAUCUGUCGUAAGUAGAUUCGACAAGUCGCAAAAGAUACACAUCAAUGUGGAACGGCCUUUUAUUGUGGCGGAGUAUAAUCGUCAUAUGGGAGGUGUAGACCUUAUGGACUGUGUAAUGGGUCACUAUAAAAUAAAACUUCGUAGCAAACGUUGGUAUAUAAGACUCUUUUACCAUUUUCUGGACAUGACUAUGACUAAUUCUUGGUUAUUAUAUAGAAGGAUUCAUGCUGACACUGAAAAUACUGAGAAGCUGCUAAGUUCUGCAGAUUUUCGACUUGAAAUUGCUGGAACAUUAGGAAAAUAUAAAAAGACAAACCGCCUGAAGCGCACCAGUUACGUGGAAGCACUCAUCCAAGACAAAAAGAAAAAAGGGCCUUGUCAGCAUAUCCCACCGAAAGACGUUCGGCUAGACCAGUCAGGGCAUUGGCCAGUUUGGACGGAAAAAAGGCUUCGGUGCAAAUUUCCAGGCUGUACUGGAACAGCCCAAACCGAAUGUGAAAAAUGCGGCGUAGCCUUAUGUUUCAACAGAAAUAACAACUGUUUCCGUUCCUUUCACAAUUCGUAA